CUUAAAAAAAAAAAAAUCGGAAAAAAAAUAAAAAAAAAUUUCUUAUGGCCAAAGAGGCCCAAGGUUAAAACUUUAAAUUUUGAAUCCGCACGUGAAAGAUGGACACCGGCAUUGUAGCUGAAUCACUUCACUCUUCAGGUGAAAGAAGAUUACCCCUAGCCCCUUCCAUUCUCCAAAAUAACAAGAUUACCACUAGUCCACUACAUGUGUACUUAGCGUAAGCAAUAAAGUAUCAAAUUGUCCUUAGAUCUGACCUAAAUCACAAUAUCGCCAUCAGACUCCACCGUUAACUGCCAUAACUAAAACAGAUGAUAUUAGCACAACCUCUGUAAAAUGAAGAAUCAAAAGCACAUCUUCCCCUUCCAUGUAAUUAUAAUCUUAUCCAUGCCCCUUUAUGUCCUUUCACUCCGAAUUGGACCCCACUACUCUGACCCGUGCAACCGUCCGCCGGCGGACCCACGAACAUUACAAACCGAUCAAAUGACGGUACUAAUCAACGGCUACUCCGAGCACCGUAUCCCACUUCUCACUUCAAUCGCCGCCACUUACGCCGCCGCAUCCUCCGUCGUCGCCGUCGUCAUUCUCUGGAGCAACCCCUCAACUCCGCCACAAACUCUAACAUCUCUCUCCCAAAACCUCUCGUCCAUCUCCGUCGCCGCCCCAAUCACCAUCCUCCGUCAGCCCUCUUCCAGUCUCAACCUCCGAUUCCACCCCCAAAAAACUAUCACCACGCGCGCCGUACUCAUCUGCGACGACGACAUCGAACCAGACCCGGAAUCAAUCAACUUCGCCUUCCAAAUCUGGAGAUCCGACCCGGAUCAACUAAUCGGGUACUUCGUCAGGUCCCACAACUACGACCUAACCCAAAAAUCAUGGAUCUACACAAUGGAAAGUAGCAAAUACUCCAUUGUGUUAACAAAAUUCAUGAUUUUAAAAGCACAAUACCUCCACAAAUACACAUGCAGUAAAGAAUACGAAAAGUUGAGGGCAAAAGUAGAAGAAAAGAAUAAUUGCGAGGAUAUUUUAAUGAAUUUUGUGGUAGCGGAGGAGGUAAAAAGGGGGCCGAUUUUAGUGGGAGCGAAGAAAGUGAGGGAUUGGGGAGAUGCAAGAAAUGAAGGUGGAGAAAUGGAGGAAAGAGAUGUGGGGUUGAGUAGUAGAAAAAGGGAGCAUAGAAAGAGAAGAGGAGAAUGUAUUGGUGAGUUUCAUAGGUUAUUGGGGAAGAUGCCAUUGAGGUAUGGAUAUGGGAAGGUUGUUGAUUCUGUUGGAGAACAGGGGCUAUGUGAGAAAGGUGGCAAGUUGGUGUAUUGUGAUAGGCAAAUUUUUUAAUAGAAAUUAAAGUUGAGUUCGAGUUUUAAUUUUUCAUACUUGUUUUUAAUGUUGCUUUACAAUACGAAAAUACCUAUUUAAAAUUUAAAAUUA